CUCCAUCUUUACGUCUCUUGUGUCCCAACACGCCACUAUGAACCCGUCAGAGCGCACAAAAGAGGCGCUCCUCGCAAAGACAGAAGCAUUAUGCAAGUCCAUUGUGGACAGCCGUAAAGAUGACCCCUGGGGCGGUGAUGGCUAUCUAUCUACUAUACUCCGGACUGUCAAGAUGCACGAAGCCACUGACUACUCGUCGGUACUAAACAAGACCGAGUAUGAGCCUGCACUGGAUUACUCAACCUCGGCACACAAGGAACUGCUGAUCAAAGAACAAAGCGCUGCAUUGAUCAAGACCGCUCAGGACAUCUCGACCCUCAUUCGUGAUUUGCAGGAACUCUGGCUCUUUGGUGGCCUUGAUACCCUCGCCGAUCCUUCAGAUGAAGAAGCAAACCGCAAGAAAGCUUUAGCGGUUGCAGGGAUGAUUGAGACCUUAGCAAAACAGGGGCCUACUGACAUGCGAAAGAACGACGCCGACCUAGUCAAGGAGGAAUCAAACGGCAGAGGAGACUCAUGAACGUGGUAGCAUUUGAUACUCGGUUGGGUGGCUCGUUAAAGCUAAAGUACGAUGAGAAGGCGAUUCGAGAACUCGCUCUACACUCCAAGAAAAAAACACUUGCAUUGCGGGGCUACAGAGUCAACACGAAGCCGCACGAAUGUGUUCCUCAUGGUGUAGCUUUCCCAAGUAAAAGGCAUUCCAAGCAGCUGCCAUUACGAAUGACCUAUUUGCAUAGAUGGGUAGUAUGGUGAACGGAGUGACUUCCUAGUGGCCCAGAUUAUGUUGCCUAACAAUAGCCCGCCACCAUUGAGCUAGGCAUACCAUCACCCUGUCGAGGUAGAAUAGCUAUCUUGAAAGGCAUAGUGAUUGUUGUCGAUAAUGAAAUACAAAUUUUCUGCCCGGCGCUUUUGAAGGG